CCGCCUGAACGAAACCUGGGGGUGCCGGCCUUUCUUCCUCACCAUCGAGCGAAACCUGGGGCGACAGAGCCCACAACAAAACCACCCACAGAAAGAACUAGAGAGCUAUAAGUAUCUCAACUCACCUGCUGCCACCAAUCCCUUUCAUUCGUUCAUCCCUAGCAUCACCAAACAAUCCAAGACCCGGUUGGUAGCUAGCUAGUUCCGUGUCAUCAGCAGCAGGCAGAGGAAUUGAAGGUCCAUGGACUCCAAGAGGAUGAGCUCGAGCUCGUCGGUGCAGUCCUGGGUGGAGGAGCACAAGCUCUCAACAGUUGCCGGCGUGUGGGCUGCGGCGGCGGGCGCGUCGGUGGCGUACAGCCGGCGGGGGGCGGCGCCGCAGCGGGCGGCGACGAGCUUGAGGCUGAUCCACGCCAGGAUACACGCCCAGGCGCUCACCCUCGCCGUCCUCGGCGGAGCGGCGGCGUUCGUGCACUACCGCAGCAAGAAGGGCAAGAACCACGCCGCCGACAAGCUGGACCUCGACUUCUACUCGCAGCUGCCGCCGGCCACGGACGCCGACGGCAACGAGAACGAGCGCUGGAGCUGGUAGUCGUCCUUCCGUUGGGAGGAUCGCCGGAGAAGCUGGACCUCAGCAUGACGUGGCGGGUUUGUGCUAAUCCAUCCAGCUAAGACGCCCGUGAUUCCGUUUACUUUACAUUAUCCAUCCAACGUCCGCAUCCACAUCCAUGGGCGGCACAUAGGAAAUAAAGGAAGAAUCCAUGGUUUGGUUUCCUGCUGCCUUUUGGGAUCCGGAGGCGGCGACUACUGCUCCGAUCCUGAUCCUCCUGUACUGUUACAACCAUUUGAUUUGUUGAAUGGUGAUGAUGAUGACGAUAAUGGUAUUUUCUUUCUUAAAAGGAUGGUGAA